AUGGGAACAGCAGGGGUUACCACUCUCGCCCAGCUUACCUUCGAUUUGUCGAAUUUCUGCGAGUCCUCCACCCUGUGUCCGGGAGUCUCGGGUUUCGGGGCCCUAGAGGAUUGGAAGGUGGGAGGAUCUGGGUUUUGUCUUCUUGUUGACCUAGAUCUGGACCUGGAACUGGAUCGUGAUCGGGAUCUGGACCUGAGUCGAUGUCUUGUCUGGGAGUCUGGUUGUGUGUCGACGUUCCGCAGGGGAGUGAGCGGCAGUUCGCGCGCCGCCAGCGCGUUCGUCGUACUCGGCGUGUACGCGUGGCUCGCUCCGGCGGUACUCGUGGCCGCGGCGUCGACGCUCCAGUAUCUCGAGCCGGAGUCCGCGUGGAGCCAGUACGGCACGCCGUACUGCUGGAUCAAUCGACCGCUCAGCCUGAUCGCAUUCUUUGGCGCGCCCGUGCUCCUGCUGCUUCUGGCCAACACUGCAUUCUUCCUCCUCACGGCGCGUAUUCACCUCACCACUGAACAGACGAAGGUAGCCCGACGAUCCGUGUCCAGUGGAGGGGGCAGCGGCGCCAGCAUGGAGCGGGGUCGUCUGGCGCUCUACGUCAAGCUGGCCGUGGUGUUCGGGCUCACGUGGGUGUUUGGCUUCGCGGCUGCCUUGACCGGUGUGCAAGCACUGUGGUACCCGUUCAUCGUGCUGUGCAGCCUCCAGGGAGCAUUCAUAUUCCUCGCCUUCACCUUCAAGAGGAGCGUUCUGCGUAUGGUACGCGACAGGCUGAGUGGGAAGGGGGCCGAUCGCCGGCGACGUCCACGGAGCACUUCGACCACGCUGACUGCGCUGCACUCGACGCUGUCCGCUUCGUCAUCGGCGCUCGCAUCGGUCGCCACCGGCCGAGCGAUGCCCGCGCAGACAGCCAGCCCCAAGGGGGUCCAGAAGCCGCUGCUGCGCCGCACGUAGAUCGCGGGCUCUCGUCGUUGAGUCGCGCGUUCACACGUGCGAAACAGCCGCGCACAGGCCUGAACUAGCGCGACUGGCGCGACGCUCUGUUCGGGGAACAGACGCACGCUCAGGCGAACAAGACGCCGGCCGAGGGAGGCGGGCUAAAUGAGACGAGCCUGUCGGAACGCCACCACCGGCACGCCACAGCCGCAACCACGACCGACGCUACGGCGCCAGUGCAGAGACUUCUGCCAAAUCGAGUGGGAAUUGCACCGAAUGAAAUCAAAACUGGACAAAAAAAAAACGCGCUACGUCGAAUGGUGGUACUAUACAGUGCUAAUAGUGAGCGGGGUUGUAUGAAGCCAACGCGUAGCACCAGCGCCGGCAGCUCCGGCACUACUUACUGCUUGCAACACUCUCUCUGAAUGCUGAGCGUUGUCACCGGACAUUACCUGUUUCCGUGCACGCCGCUGGUCGCUUUAUACUGAGCGUUAAUGAGCAUUACCUAUUGUUACCUAAAUCGCCAGCACAUUCAAACGGAAAACAUAGCGGAUGAUGAUGUACGCUCGUCCGUGAGGUUUAGGAGACGGCCCGGCAUUUCCAUGCCCCUGCCAAUAUGGCUGGAAACAUCCAAGUUUCAGAUCGACCCGGCGUUGAUAGCGUCUUACGCCCCAGCAAAUUAAAACGCCCUUGUAGCCACCAUGGAAAGCAAACACGUCGGCUCAAUAAAAAUACAUGGUCUCUGCGUGUUCUGCUGCUCGUGGACACAUGCCAUCUGUACACGGCAAAGAGUGAAACGGCGCUAACUGAUACGAACUCAUGAAUGCUAAACAAUGAAUGCAACACAGGAGUGUAUCACGCCAGCAGCCUGCCAAUCAGCAACAAACACAGAAUAAUAAUAAUAAUAAUAAUAAUAAUAA